AUGUUGUUUUCACAAUUAGCAGUUAGUAUCACUUUGGCAACAGCAGUCUUUGCCGCCCCAAUGAAUAAGAGAGGAGGCAAUACUUGCUCUUUUCCAUCCAACGAUGGAAUGGUUCUGAUCACACCAAAAUCCGACAACGCAGGUUGGGCAAUGAGUCCUGAUCAAAAGUGCACAUCUGGAAACUACUGUCCUUAUGCUUGUCCACCAGGUAAAUUGAUGGCACAGUGGGACAAGAGUGCAAAAUCAUACACUUAUCCUGAGUCUCAAAACGGAGGAUUGUACUGUAAUGAUGACGGUACAGUCUCUAAACCAUUUUCCAACAAAGGUUACUGUGUUGAUGGUGAGGGAACAGUUCUGGCCUCCAACAGCGCUGGCGGAGGUAAUGUUGCCUUCUGUCAAACCGUGUUGCCAGGUAACGAAGCUAUGUUGAUCCCAACAAGUGUUGGUAGUGGUCUGACUACUCUUGCCGUUCCAGGACCAGACUACUUUGCUAGCACCGCAGCACACUACUACAUCAACGCACCAGGUAUUAGCACUUCUGAUGCCUGUUCCUGGGGAACGAGUAGUAAACCACAAGGUAACUGGGCUCCUUAUGUUGCUGGUGCUAACGUUGAUGACAGUGGUAAGACUUUCGUCAAGAUUGGCUGGAACCCGAAGCACAUCGAUGACUUCAGCGGACAAAAACCUGACUUUGGUGUUAGAGUAACAUGUGAAAAUGAAAGUGACUGUAAUGGUCUCGACUGUGAACUUAAUCCAAAGAACGGUUACAACAGUGUCAAGGGUUCGUCAGGUGAUAAGCAAGAGGGUGCUUCUUUCUGUGUUGUUACUGUCAAUAAAGGCUCAAAGGCUAACAUUGAAGUCUUCGAUGUCUAA